AUGAGCACUCAGAGGGCCAGCACACACACGGCAAAACGCCCGCGGCUCGGCGAGCGAACGAUGUUGGCUUGUAUCGGCUGCAAGCAAAAGAAACUGAAGGUAGACUGCCUAGUUGAAGACCCAGGGACUGGCUUACACCGCCCGCGCGACUACAUGAAGUCCCUUGAGGCCCGUGUAGCUUAUCUGGAAGGUCUCUUGCAACAGGUCCGGCCCGAAGUGGCCCUCGAUCACUUCGGCCCUAACGAGGGUCACGAUGCCGAUCAUUCAGCCCCGGCCCCUCCAGGCUCGGCAAGCCAACCUAUGCCUAUCAUGCACAUGCCAACGGCUUUCCCAAGCCUGCCUGAGCAGUCUUCUUUCGAGGACAUGGACUUCUCCCGGACACUGCGUGCACCCUCAAUAGAUGCUGAUGAUCACCAUGUCGACAUGCUAUCCUCGGAAGUUGCUUUGCUCUGUCUCAGCGCCGCUGGCAGGGAGCCUCACUACUUCGGGCCAUCCUCCGCGGUCUCUUUCUCGCGAAUUGUGAGCGCGACGAUGGGUCUUGCCAGUAGAGGGGGUAGUUCGCAACAUAGCCAUGCGGGCCGAGCGAAAGGGCCUGGCUCUGAGGUGCCUCGCGAAGUUCCUUUGCGGCUGCCGUCGCCCACCUUGAGAGCCAAUCUUUCUCAGGCUUACUUCGACAAUAUUCAUCCUCAAUACCCCUUUCUUCACAAGCCAACGUUCCAAAUCUGGGAAGAGAGUUGUUUGAAAGCGAGUCUCGAAGGUGAUCUCAGCAGCGUCAGCGGAGUUUCUUUGUUUUUCGUAUUGAUGGUUUAUGCGAUUGGUUCUCUUGUACUUGGUCAAAGCCAUUAUGAUGCUGCCGAGGCCUACUAUUCUAUGGCACUAGACCACAUUGCAGCUGUUCUAGAUCUCGAUAGCCUCGAGUCAAUACAGGCUAUCCUGUCUUGUGCGGUGUACUCCAUUAGGUCGCCAGUUGGCGUCAGCCUAUGGAAGGUUUCUGGUAUGGCUAUACGUCAUUGCAUCGAGCUUGGGUAUCAUCGAAGUGCAGAGAAAUAUCACAAAAACACGGACGCUCUUACGAAGGAAAUGUCCAAGAGGUGCUUCUGGGUGGCCUAUGAUAUCGACAGAGUUGUAGCUUUCAUCCUUGGUCGGCCAGUUGGUAUUCCUGAUGACUCUAUUGAUGUUGAGCUUCCACUUGAUAUGGACGACGAAAACAUUACAUCGGGAGGUCUAAUGGCCAAUCCCCGCACAAACCCGACCGGUCCGCCAACACUAAUGACGGGCUUCGUUCAUGCCAUCAAGCUUCGACGAUUGUGGACAAAGAUUAGCGACAAUCUGUAUCCUCCGUCGAUACGGCGCUGCGGAAAUCACUGUGGCCAGAGGGCAACCGUUGAAAGCCUUCGCCAAGAGUUAGAUGAAUGGCGCGUCAACACACCCGACCAGCUAGACUACUCCGUGUCUCAUCCGCUAUCUGUCUUCACGUCAAGAUCAUGGUUUCAGCUUGCCUAUGAUCACUCCAUCCUCCUCCUGUAUCGACACUACAUGAUGGCGCUGCCGGGUAGUCACACCCCUGCUAACUGCAAUGACUCCACGAAUGUUAAUGAUGUCGAAGCAACUGAGAGGGCCUUAGAAGAGUGUGCGGUUCGCGCGCGAGAGAUGUGUCUUCUCUAUCGUCGGGUAUACCAGAGUUCUUCCGUUCAGUUCACCUGGGGAAGCCUUCAUAUUCUGUUCCUCGGUGGACUGACAUAUCUCUACUGCCUCUGGAGGUCGAAGCGCGUCCGGGACUCUAUUCGACAGGCCGAUGUCGUGACGACUUGCAUGGCGUGUACGACUGUUCUUAUCAUCAUUGCCGAACGGUGGAAUCUGGCGACGUCAUACCGCGAUAUCUUCGAGACACUGUCACAACGAACAAUCACCAUGGUCUGCAACGAUGGGCAUAAGCCUGGUCCCACAUCACUACCAGCGAUUGGUCCGGGACCAAGCAUGGACAGUCAUGUUCCAAUGAGUGGCACCAGUCCCCCUGGCAUGCAAGACUGGAUCGAUGACUUAGAUCCCAUGGCUAUACCCCAAGAGUCGGAGUGGCUGGUACAGCAGCUCAACCUACUACAGGGGGUGAGGGAGUUCUGA